AUGAUCCGUGCGUUCGCACACCCCGCCCGGCCGGGGACGCUGGCCGCCCCCGCGGCCCCACGCAGCGCAGCCAGCGCCGGCCACAAGCAGCCGUGGGAUGCGCGCACACCGCAGCGCAGGGCGCACAUAUGCGAGGCCAGCAAGGGCAAGAAGUCGGCAGCGGGCGACAAGCCGGAGGAUGAGCCGGAGAAGCCCACCCCGCCAGCGCCGGCACCGAAGGACGCGGCCGCGCCGGCGCCGGAGCUGCCCCCUGCGGACAACCCGCCCAGCAUGGAGCUCACUGCCUCCGGGGAGUCCAUCGUCGUCGAGGGCGAGCUCACCACCGACUCCCCCGUCGAGGAGGCCGUGCGUGCGGUCGCCGCGGACCCCUCCUCGAUGCGCCCCGACGAGUUCGUCGACACCGUCGCCCGCCAGGCCAUCAAGGACAUCUCGAGCGCGGACGCGGACGCCGGCCGGGUCGCGCAGGAGGCGUACGACGCCGCCACGGACGCCGCGGAGCUCGCCGCGGAGCAGAUCCAGGAUGCCGCAAACCAAGUGCAGGCGCAGAUCGCGGCGGCGACGACGCCGCCGGCGGAGCCCGCGCGCACGCGGCCCGCCAAGCCCGCGGUCGAGAUCCGCAAGCCGCCGUCGGACCCCGAGGAGCGCGACGCCGAGCUGAUCCGCGUGAAGGACCGCGUGCUGCGCGCCGUGGCGGGGACGGACCGCGGGCUGAGCGCGUCGCCGCUGCAGAUCUCCGAGAUCGACGACCUCGUGAUCCAGCUCGAGCUCUUCGCGGACGAGUCCGAGGGGGGGCUCCAGGCGGACCCCUCCCUCCUCGGGGGGCGCUGGCGGCUGGUGUACUCCUCCGCGUUCGGCAAGGGGCGGUACGGCGGGCGCUACCCGGGCCCGACCGCGGGCCUCGUGCCGUUCCGGCUCGGGCAGGUGUACCAGCGGAUCCAGCUCGGUCCCAUGCGCCUGGACAACAUCGUCGAGCUGCUCUUCCCGCCGCCGCUGUUCCCGCUGCCGGGCAUCGGGUCCGAGGCGCCGACGGCGCAGCUGACGCUGUCGCACGACCUCGCGCUCGUCGGGCCGCGCACGGUGCAGAUCACGUUCACCGACACCACCGCGCGCGUGACGGGGGGCGGCGCGCUGGCCAACCUGCAGCCGCUGAAGCUGCCGGAGCUCCCGGAGCCGCUCCGGCCGCCGACGGAGCUGCGGCAGGCCAACUUCGACGUCUCGUACCUCGACCGCGACAUGCGCAUCACGCGCGGCGACCGGGGCGAGCUGCGGGUGUACGUCAAGGCGUGA